AUGUUGGAUUUACAAGAACCAAAGUCUAAAAAACCAGCUGAUACAGCAUUCAAACAACAACGGCUGCCUGCAUGGCAACCAAUUCUAACGGCACGCAAUGUAAUGCCCAUAUUCUUUGCAGUUGCAGCAGCAUUUAUUCCAAUCGGCAUAGGUUUACUAUACCUUACAAAUCUGGUUCAAGAAUUUACUCUCGAUUAUACCCAAUGCAAAUCAAUUGAUGAUCCGAAACAGCGAUCUUGUGCAGAUAUCAUUGGUAGCAAUCGUAACAUGUCUUGUCAUUGCAGUAUUCCAUUUAAGUUGGAAGAAGAUUUUGCUCCUAAUGUUUACAUGUACUAUGGAUUAACCAACUAUUAUCAAAACCAUCGGCGUUAUGUAAAAUCAAGGGACGAUUUUCAGUUGCUUGGAAAACUAAGCAAAACUCCAUCUAGUGACUGUGCUCCAUAUGAUUAUCACAACAACAAGCCAAUUGCCCCUUGUGGAGCUAUUGCUAAUUCAUUAUUCAGUGAUAACUUAAUAUUGAUGUACAGUGAAAGAAUUGUUCCAUUGCUUCGAACACAAAUUGCUUGGAAAUCUGAUAAAAGUAUCAAAUAUCAUAAUCCAGAACAUUCAGAAGGAAAUUUGAAAGAAGCAUUUAAAGAUUUUGAAAAACCAAUUGACUGGCGUGUGAAUAUAUGGGAAUUGGAUAAGGAAAAUGAAUUGAACAAUGGUUUUGAAAAUGAAGAUUUGAUUGUUUGGAUGCGAACUGCAGCCCUUCCAGAUUUUCGUAAGCUAUACAGGCGUAUUGAUCAUUCCAAGGAAUUUAAAAAUGGAUUACCUAAAGGACAUUACAAAUUAGUCAUAGAUUAUAAUUAUCCCGUAGCAGGCUUUGGCGGAACAAAAAGUUUGAUACUAUCCAACACUUCAUUUACAGGGGGCAGAAACUUAUUUCUUGGAUAUGCUUAUAUUGUUGUUGGAUGUUGCUGCUUUUUAUUAGGGUUAUUGUUUUUAAUUCUUCAUAUCAAAUAUAAACCCAGUGCAAAUACAGGAGAUAUAAUCGUUGUUUCGCCAUCAACAUCUUAUCAGUGA